GAGCGUGUAAGUCAUUAGACGUCAAACGACUCGCAAUAAAAAAUACAGAAGUAACAGCAUUCGGUUUAUUCGCUGACACACUCUAUCACAUAUGGAGUUUAUCGAAGAUAUUGAAGAUUUGAUACAAUCACAAGACAUCACGCCGAAUGAACGCUAUGUCAACAGAAAAAAUGUCACAGUGAGGGCACGGCGUAUAACGAAAGCCAUAGAUGCAAAAUCUUGCAUAUCAACGGCACACGAGAAGAGCAUACUGGAAAAUGUUAUACCAGAAACUCAAAAGGUUUUCUUGAAAACAUGGGGUUGUGCUCAUAAUAAUUCGGAUAGUGAAUACAUGGCAGGACAACUCGAAUCAUAUGGUUACUGCAUAACGCAGGAUAAGGCAGAAGCGGACUUGUGGUUGCUUAACAGCUGCACAGUUAAAAACCCUUCGGAAGACACAUUUCGUAAUGACAUUCAGACAGCUGCACAUUUGGGUAAACAUGUAGUUCUGGCUGGUUGUGUGCCUCAAGCAGCACCAAAAUCUGAAUAUCUCCAAGAACUCAGCAUUGUCGGCGUUCAUCAGAUAGAUCGCGUGGCAGAAGUUGUGGAAGAAACGCUGAAAGGCCAUUCUGUGCGGCUGUUGCAAACAAAGAAGAUAAAUGGGAAAAAAGUGGCUGGACCAAAUUUAUCAUUGCCGAAAGUGAGAAAAAACCCAUUGAUUGAGAUAAUACCAAUCAACUCAGGUUGUUUAAACGCGUGUACUUACUGCAAAACUAAGUUUGCCCGCGCAGAUCUCGUUAGCUAUCUGCCCGAGGAGAUAGUCAGAAGAGCGGCUCAUGUUUUUACUGAGGGAGUGUGUGAGAUCUGGUUAACAUCGGAGGAUACCGGUACCUAUGGCAGAGACAUCGGAUUUUCACUACCAGAGUUGUUGUGGAAACUUAUUGAAGUGAUACCGGAAGGCUGCAUGCUCCGACUCGGAAUGACCAAUCCUCCGUAUAUACUGGAGCACUUGGAUGAAAUGGCUAAAAUUUUGACACAUCCGAAAGUGUACAGCUUCCUGCAUGUGCCUGUUCAAAGCGGCUCUGAUUCAGUACUAGCCGAUAUGAAAAGGGAAUAUUGUCGUGAAGAUUUUGAACGCAUUGUGGAUUUUUUGCGAAGUAGUGUUCCUGGAAUAACGAUUGCGACAGACAUAAUUUGUGGAUUUCCUACAGAAACAGAGACCGAUUUCGAGGAUACAAUGGCAUUAUGUAAAAAAUAUAAAUUUCCUAGUAUAUUUAUUAAUCAGUUUUAUCCCAGACCUGGAACGCCUGCUGCAAAAAUGCACAGGAUACCGGCUCAUUUGGUCAAGGUUCGCACCAAACGUCUGACAGAUUUCUUCUACAGCUAUAAUCCUUAUGCCACAAAGUACGAGGUCGGAGCUAUACAAACGAUUCUUAUUACGGAAAUAUCUCACGACAAAAAACAUUAUGUAGGACAUAACAAAUUCUACGAACAAUUUUUGUUACCUAUGAACGACGGUCUACUAGGGAAGUUGGUGAAGGUUAGAGUCGUAGCCAUCACAAAAUUCAGCAUGCUAGCAGAGAUAGCCCAAGACGAAAAGGACUGGAUCAAUUGUGCAAACUUACCCAAUGGAAACAUAAGCGAGAAGGCCAACGUAACUGAGAACAAUUUAGAUGCGAGAGUAAGCAAAUCUUACUGGACGUUAGCACUGUUAACCGUGAUAUCCUGUGGGAUAGCUCUUUUAUAUCGUUGUUACUUGCUUUCUUUUAGUUUUGAAUAAUGUACACUGUUCAAAAUAAAAAUGUUUUAUUCAUUUGAAA